CAUGAUUUACACUCUAAAGUCUUCCUUUUUAGAUUCAAGUUUCUCAUAAACAGUUUCUUCUUCUCACACUAAUCUCCUACAAAAGCUCUUACAAAAUCCAUCAUUUCAUGCACCCAACUUCUCCGAACAUUCCGGUGCACAAAACAGCCAGCAUUCAUGUAAAGUUCGGAAAAGGACCGCAUUUCAAAGAGUGUGAUAUAAACAACCUACCCUAAUACAAGCAUUAGUAACUGCUUCCACGACUCCAUCAAAUUUAAGAAAUCUUCUUAAGCUUCUGAUCCAAUUAAAAGGCGAAGUUUUUCUUUUUCCAUAUACAUUUAAGGAACCCUAGAACCUGAGUUAAACUAGCUACAUUCCACUCUCUUCAUCAUUCCGAGAUUGUGCUCGUUUUCGCCGGUAAUUUGCUUAUCAAUGACAUUCUACUCAUAAGUAAAAUUCCAUUGUUCUAAUUGCUACAUUCUUGUGGGAAACAACCUCUCUCUACCUCCAAUAAGGUAGGGCUAUGAUUUGCGUACACCCCAUCCUCCUCAUACUCCACUUGUAAAAUUUUACUGGGUAUGUUAUUACUGUUAAGACUUUAUGCAAAUAAGAAGAUCAAAGUGCCACGCCAACCGAAAGAGUUAAGCUGCUAGGCUUCACAGUAGUACCUCCCUUUUUAUCUUUAUGAAAAGGACUUAAGUAGCUAAGUUUUCAAAGGUGAUCGAAUACCCCUGUCCUUUAUAGUAUAGUCGUAAAGGGCUUCUUAGAAAAGUCAGGAAGAAGUUCGAACUACCGAUCGACCACUAUCUCAUAGGCAUUCUGGUGGUAAAACUGGUCCAAUUCUUUCUUUUUAAAAUGGACUUUUCUAUCAACCCGGAAUACAACUCACUCAUCAAUGGGCUAACUCAAGGCAUGGAACACACUAAGCAACUUAGAGCUUACUUGAGUUCUGUAGCUUCCACUUCUGAAACAACUCAAGAGGUUCUUUUGCAGAAGAUUCAUUCUUCUUAUGAGCAAUCUCUGUUAAUUCUCAAAUGGAGUGGCUCAACAUCCCAAUCCUCACUGCCUCUACCAUCAACAAUUGGUACAAUUGAAUCUCCGGUUUUUGCCGAUGGAAGUCCUACGAGUUAUGACAUGAAAAGGAGUUUCAUACAUCAUCCGGAGCUCAUAGAUAAUUCAAAAAGGAGCAAAAAAUCAGAGCCCUUAUGGACUGAAAAAGUCAGAGUCAGCGCAGAGAGCGGAUCUGAAGGUCCUAUUGAUGAUGAAUAUAGCCGGAGAAAGUACGGACAAAAAGAUAUUUUGGAGCUAAAUAUCCAAGAAGUUACUACAAAUGUGCACAUAGGUACAAGCAAAACUGUCAAGCAGCAAAACAUAUACAAAGGUGACUCUUUUGUCUCUCCUACAACCCCUGAAUCAAACUACUUCUCGGUCUCAAGCAACAGCCAAAUGAAUGGUUUUGGAAUAGUUCACAACUUGCAACAUUCAGAAUCAUACCUUAGUGAUACUGGAAUAUUUCUCAACUUGCACCAUUCAGACUCAGACCGCACUGACAUAUUCUCCGUCAAUACUUCCACAACAAGUUCUUCAAUUGGGGAUGAGUUUGAUUUUUCCAUUUGGACCAAAACGACUAACACUCUCCAAAAGGACGAAUAGUUUGGAUGUUAUCACCAAGUUACUCUAUUGAGGUUGAUGAUCCCUCCUUUAGGUAUUAGUAUAAACAUGAUUUAGCAAUAGAACUAGCUACGGUUAGCCUAUUAUAGUAUUGUUGUUACUGCUUGCUGCUGCUAUUGCUUCUUUUUCAUCUUUGUUUGAGCUGAAGGUUUAUCGGAAA